AUGAGGCUUGGACCGGUCAUCGCGGCUGGCCUCUUUGCGCCCACGGCACUAGCCGCCACUGCAUUCGAAACAUUCAACCCGCUUCUAAGGUACAGGCCUCAUAGCCAGAAAAGAUCUACUGAGGUGCCGCCCGUGGUAAGGCGACAGACAUCCACAUCGCCCUUCCUCAAUGCCAACACCACAAAGUUCGCCGUCGACGGCAACGGCAUUCCAGAUGUCGACUUCGACGUCGGAGAAUCCUACGCCGGCACCCUGCCCGUCGGCAACGUGGGAAAUAGUACCGAUGGACAGAUGUUCUUCUGGUUCUUCCCCACUGCCGCGGCGGACCAGCCCAAGGAGAUCAUCAUCUGGCUCAACGGGGGUCCUGGAUGCUCUUCCCUGAGCGGUAUGAUUCAAGAGAACGGGCCCUUUCAGUGGCAGAGCGGCACGUUCAAGCCUAAUGCCAACCCGUGGUCCUGGCACCAGUUGACGAAUGUUGUGUGGGUUGAGCAGCCCAUCGGCACUGGCUUCUCAACUGGUACGGUGACGGCGCAGAGUGAGGAUGAUGUUGCCCAGCAAUUUAUGGGUUUCUGGCGGAAUUUCGUAGAUGCCUUUGGCUUGCAGGGCUACAAGAUUUAUGUUACUGGCGAGUCCUACGCCGGAGCAUAUUGCCCCUUUAUCAGCAGCAACAUGCUUGACGCCAACGACACGAAUUAUUUCAACGUCAAUGGCAUGCUGAUCUAUGAUCCGGUAAUAACUGGCGGAUCAGCGGGUAUUGCACCUACGAAUUAUUUCGUUGACUACUGGAGAAAUGUUAUGCCAUUCAACGACUCCACUGCUGCCAGCAUUGCAAAUGCGUCCAAGAGCUGCGGUUUCGACGAUUUCACUGACAAGUAUCUGACAUUUCCACCAUCAGGGCAGCAACCCGAUGUCUGUGCUCAACCGGGCAUUAAUGCGGACUGCACCAACUACAUAGAUGGAUGCGAUGUCUUCGACGCCGCGUUUAGUGCUAUCUUUGACAUCAAUCCAGGUUUCAACAUAUACCAAGUCGGGCAGAUUCUACCAGUUCCCGACGAUGUCCUGGGCUUCCCAACCUCCAUCGAGUACACCGCCCCAGGCCGGCAGAUCUACUUCAACCGGACAGACGUGAAGCAGGCGAUCCACGCGCCGCUGGACGUGAACUGGGAGAUCUGCGCCGAGAAGUCCGUCUUCGCGGGCGGCGACAACUCGGACCCGUCGUCGUACCGCGCGAUCCCGAACGUCAUCGACCGCACCAAGAACGUGCAGAUCGCGCACGGCACCAUGGACAUGGUCCUCCUCGCCAACGGCACCCUGCUCGGCAUCCAGAACAUGACCUGGGGCGGCCAGAUGGGCUUCCAGUCCGAGCCGCGCGACCCGCUGUUCGUGCCGCACCACCCCAACCCGGACGUCGCGGGGAGCAGCGGCCAGGGCGUCCUGGGGACCUGGCACAGCGAGCGCGGCCUCACGUGGGCGCUCGUCGACCUCACCGGCCACAUGGUCCCGACCUGGCAGGCUGGCGUGGCGUUCCGCCAGAUCGAGGUCCUCCUGGGGCGUGUUGAGAACUUGGCGAGCACGACUGCGUUCCCCAUCUACUCGAAUGCCACGCAGCCCGAUGCGUCCCAGCUUGGGUUCGGCACUGCGUGGUAUGGAUUCGAGGACGCUUCUAGCGGAAUCAGUGAGCCAGCGAGGGCAACGGCCGGAAAAACUUCUGGCUCGAUGUCGUUGACGAUGCGGAGGGGCUCUUUCACGGACUCGAUAGGCAAGGACACAGUCUAUAAGGUCCUCGGGCUCUCGUUGAGCCUCUUCCUGAUCUUGGCCACCUUUGCAACUGCGUCCGGCCGAUUCUCCUCAAGCAAUGCGAUCAAGCUGUAA